AUGGGUCGUAUUGCACGCCUUGAGCUCAAGAAUUUCAAGUCGUAUGGAGGAAAUCAUGUAAUCGGUCCUUUUCAUCGCUUUACAGCUGUCGUAGGACCCAAUGGAAGCGGAAAAAGUAAUCUCAUGGACGCCAUUUCGUUCGUCUUGGGCGUUCAGUCCCGUCAAUUACGAUCCAAUCAGUUGCGUGAUUUGAUUCAUCGAUCUCCUACUGACGAUGCUACAGCCACAGAACGUUCUGCAUUCGUAACACUUGUGUACGAACUCGCGCCAGACGAGACACGACCAGAUUUGUCGACUCAGACUCAGACUCAGCAAGAGAUUCACUUUUCUCGUCUUUUGUCGGAAAAAGGCAUUGGCUCGUACCGUAUUAACGGUCACGAUGUGAGUGCUGAGAAGUAUCAGAAUCAGUUGAAAGAGAUUGGUAUUUUAGUAAAAGCACGCAACUUUUUAGUCUUUCAAGGAGACGUCGAGUCAAUUGCAAGUAAAAGUCCAACUGAGUUGACAAAAUUAUUUGAACAGAUUUCAAUGUCUGACGAACUCAAGAAUGAAUACGAGCGAUUAUUGGAAGAGAAAAAUGUCGCCGAGGAGAAUACAAUCUUUGCUUAUAAGAGGAAGAAGGGAUUGGUGGCAGAGAAAAGGCUGGUUAAAGAACAAAAAGAAGAGGCAGAACAAUUCAGACAGAAGCUAGAGGCUGUGAAUAAUCUCCGGGUGGAGCAUUAUUUGUGGCAGCUUUUUCAAGUUGAAGAUGAUAUGAAACAACGUGAAGAGACCGUGAAGCAUUACCAGGAAGCGGGCCUUAUUUGCUCGAAAAAGGAAGAUGCCGUUGCCCAAGUCUAUCAUGAGAAAAAGAAAGAACUAGGUGCAACUUUUCGGGAAGUAAAAGCAAACCGUGGGCAGAUUCAGGCUUUCCAAAACGAGAUGGCGGACAUUCAGCCGCAAUUAUUCAAACUGCGCGAGCAGACCACGUAUUCCCAGAAAAAGUUUGUGGAAGCAGAGGCAGUCGAAACGACUAUGAAAAGACGGCAAGAAGGAAAGUCGACGGAAGUACAAGACUUGAAGAAAGAUUUGCAAGAACUGGACAGAGCAAAGACUGAACUCGAUGAAAACCAGAGACGUGCAAGCGAAAAAAGUGAGAAUGGAGUGCUGGUCCUAGAAGGCUCACGCUUGGAGGAGUACCAUCGAAUCAAGGAAGAUGUUCAGGUCAAAACGAAUUUACUACGGAACAAGCUGGAGUCCAUCUUACGGCAGCAGACCGCCGAUCAAAACAAGGUGGAGACAUUGACUCAAGAACGCCAGGAAAAUAUCAAGAUGGUAGAAAUGCUUACGGAUGACCUGAAGCAAGCUGACGAACGAAUUGUGACGAUGCAACGAGUAAUUUCCGAUACGGAGCACGAGAUUGCCGAAGUCAAAACGAGCCUACAGACUGCCGAUGAAGAGAAUCGAGGUCAGGCGCACAAGAAGGACAAACUUUCGGAACAACUGAAUCGCGUUAGCAGCAAGUUGCGCGAUUUGAAGGAUGAUAAGCGGCAGUCACAAGCAGAGGCACGCAGAGCAGAAACACUGGAAACCCUAAAGCGAUUGUAUCCUGGUGUUCGCGGUCGUCUAGUCGACCUUUGUAAACCGAUCCAGCGCAAAUACAACAUGGCUGUGACUGUAGCGACAGGAAAGCACAUGGACGCAAUUGUGGUGGCAGACUACAGAACAGGGCAAAAUUGUAUUCAGUACCUGCGUGAUUCACGUGCAGGUAGUGCUCCGUUUAUUCCUCUCGACAGGAUCAGAGUGAAACCAAUCAAUGAGCGAUUCCGUGGCCUCGGGAACAAUAUCAAAAUGGUGGUCGACGUGAUUGAAUGCGACGCUGAGAUUGAGCCUGCGCUACACUAUGCCGUUGGCGAUACCGUCGUUUGUGACUCCAUCGACAUCGCUCGCGAUCUGUGCUUCCGGCAAAAUGAGAAAGUGAAGGCAGUGACACUGGACGGGAAGGUUGUUAGCAAGAACGGAAGUAUGACAGGAGGCAAAACGCACAGUGACUCGCGUCGAGCAGAUCGAUGGGAUGAAAAAGAGGUUGAGGCUUUGCAACAACAGAAAGAUGGUUUAAUGAACGAGUUGCGCUCAUUGGAGAGGCACGGUGCAUCGUAUGCGAAGCUACAAACGCUGCGUACCCACCUGGAAGGGUUGCAAAGCCGGCUUAGCCGUGCAAAAGCUGACCUGGGAAUUACAGAAACGAAAAGACCAAAGACUCAAGCCCGAAUUGAUGAUGCCAAGAAGCGAGUUGCUGAAGUGAUUGAUCCGGAGCUACACAAAUAUGACUCGGCUGUGAAAUCUCGCAAGAGCAAGGUUACUGCCUUACAAGAGCAAAUUAAUAGUGUAGAGGACGAAUUGUUUGCAGAGUUUAGCGAAGCAGUCGGCGUCGAAAGUAUUCGUGUCUAUGAAGAGAAGGUACUUAACCGACACCACAAGGCGCUGGAAAUGCGCCGCAAAAUUACAGAACACGAAGCCAAGCUCCGCGCACAGAUCGAGUAUCUACAGUCACAAGACUUUAGUCAGCCCAUGCUUGAAGCAAAAGAAAGAGCAGCUCAAGAAUCUCAGCGCUUGAAGCAGUUAGCAAAACAGGAAGGUGGUCUCUUAAAAAGAGAGGCAGUACUACGCAAAGAAAAGAAAGAGCUAGAGGGAAAGCGCAAGAACUUAUCUGCGAAGGUGGACGAACUUGAAAAGGAACUACGCGAGAUUGGCAACCAGAAGGCAAAAUACGAGGAGCGGAGGAUCAAAAUUCAAAGAAGAAUUGCGUCAGAGGAAACGGUGCUUGAGCGUUUGAAAGAUCACAAGACCGAAAUAUUCAAGCGCGCGUCGUUGGACCAGAUUAAAUUGCCUACUGUUACGCGCAAAGCUAACCACAGCUCCGAGGAUGUUGAAAUGGAAGAUGCAGAAGGAUCAAGCAGUCUUGACAACUCCGAGCUCCUAUUGGGUGGUAAUGCUGCAAGCCAGGAAGUGGACUUUUCAGCUCUUCCGGACGCUCACGUCGUGGUAGACGAUAAGGAAUUUGACGAGAUCAAUUCAGAUUAUGAAAAGCGGAUUGGUGUGCUACUCACUGAGCUGGAGCGGAUGCAACCAAACAUGCGCGCGCUCGACAAGUUUGACGUGAUUCAAAAUCGAAUUGGCAAGGAAGAAGAGGAACUGGACCGUGUGAAGCAGCAGUCCUUACAGACUGCAUCGCAGUUUGAAAAGAUCAAGCUUACUCGGUAUGAGCGCUUCAUGGAAGCAUUCAACCACAUUUCAAGCGUGAUCGAUUCAACGUACAAGCAGCUUACGAAAAGCUCAAAGCACCCGCUAGGAGGCACAGCAUAUUUGAACUUGGAGAACACGGAAGAGCCGUAUUUGAACGGGAUGAAGUACAACGCGAUGCCACCAAUGAAGCGCUUUCGUGAGAUGGAGCAAUUGUCUGGAGGUGAGAAGACGGUGGCAACACUUGCGCUGCUGUUUGCAAUCCACAAUUAUCGUCCGACGCCGUUUUUCGUGCUCGACGAAGUGGAUGCUGCUCUGGACAAUGUGAACGUGAACAAAGUAUCCACGUACAUUGCAAACUGCGACUUCCAGUGUGUUGUCAUUUCGUUAAAAGACUCAUUCUACGAAAAGGCUGACGCACUGAUUGGAAUCUGCAAGGACAUUUCGUCGCAGCAAUCGAGGUCCAUGACACUCGAUUUGACCAAAUUUGAUUAA